UUGGCUCAUUUUCCCACAUCAAAUCAAACCGCAAAAACAGUAGGAAUGGCUCAAUCUGAAACUUCAGUUGAUAAUGUGUUAGCUCCUGAAGCUAUCUUGUCAAUUAUUGACAAAAAUAUAAAAUCACCAGAAGAGGGGGAAGGUUCUAUUACAGUACUUGGUUCAAGUCAAGAUGCUUUGGCAGCAUUAUUUCAUUCAAUUAUGCAAGCCGUAGAAGCGGAACGUAAAAUUACAAGGGAUUCCGAAGGCAAUAUUAUUAAAUUACCGAAAGAGUGGAAUGAGCAAGGUCCAAAUUCAUAUGCUUUUCGAUAUAAACACCCACAAUCAUCAUUAACAUUUUUGAUCAAAUGCAUGCGAUUAUCUAAUAAGUUUAUAAUUCACGGUAUGGGAAUUGAGGAUAAUAAGACUACAACGUUGGAAAUAAUCACGGAUGAUUAUACUUCUCCAUCAUUUUUCCCAUACACAUCCGAAAAGUAUCAUGUAGAUCCUAUGAUUCACGGGUAUAUAUCAACAAGUCGUGUCAAAGAUCUGAUCAACCUUUAUAAAAUAAACAUUGUGCAAAAAUUAAUUCCAGGGUUAAAUAAACCUGGAUAUGAAGAAACCGGUACAACAUCGGCGACCACUUCUACUCCUCGCCAACAAGAACCUUAUAAUGAUCCCUUACGCAUUCCAACACGCCAACCACCACGCUUUCAACCACCGAACUUUGAUGAACCAUAUGGUGGUGAUGAACCAUUAAGAUCAAGUUUCAAUCCUUUCAAUGUUGGUCAAGAUGAUUUAGAUCCACUUGGUGUGAAUCCAAUUUAUGGGCCACCAAGAUUUGGCGGUGGUGGAUUUCAACCCUUAGGAGGUGGAGUGGGUGGUGGGAUGUAUGCAGGGCCAGAUCAUCCUAUAUUUGGGCAACGAGUUCCUCCUGGUGGCCGUGGAGGACCGCAACCCAUCCCAAGAGGAUCCGUUCCACCUGGUGCUAGGUUUGAUCCAAUUGUACCAUUUGGACCUGGGAGUUCUCGUCCAGGUCGACCGCGAGGAGAUCCGUUUAGUGGUGAACCUGAUAAUGAUGAGCUUCCUCCUCCGGGAUACAAUGAUAUGUUUAUGUAA